GUUAUGUGAGCGUCUGAACGCAGCACGCAGCGUCCCGCCUCCAACAUGGCGGCCCCCCUGCCCGGCAGAUGUGGCUUCUUCGUGAAGAAAAAGAAACGUUUCUGUAAAAUGAUCAUCGCUAGAGGGAAAGUGUUCUGUGGAGAGCACGCGACCAUGGAGGAAGGAAGCAGCAGGAGGAUCGUAUGUCCUCUGGACCCCAAACACACUGUGAGUGAAGACAAAUUGGACAAACACCUGAAGAAGUGUAACUCCAGAGAGAAACCAAAACCAGUUUAUUAUGUGGAGAACAUCAAUGCUGGAUCAACUGGAGACAAGACGCUGCAACAGGUGAGUCUGUCUGAGCGCAGCAGGACAGAGUUACAGUCUCUGAUGGACAAACUGAAGACAGCUGUCACAGGACUGCAGUGUGAUGUGGAGGACAGCGUUCUGUCUCACCCUGUCCUCCAGGAGGAACUCAACAACCCAAAGAACGGAGACUUCGCCCACAAACACCUGAAGCAGCAGUCCUCUCUCUUAGGUCACUUGGAGGCGCUGGGGCUUCUGAGAAGGGGGCGGUGCUUCGUAGAGUUUGGAGCAGGUCGAGGGAAACUGUCUCACUGGAUCCAUGAAGCCCUGAAGACCAGAGACCAAGUGGAGACCAGAGACCAGCAGGACACUAGUGAGGACCUGCAGCUGCUGCUGGUGGAGCGCUGCAGCACUCGCUUCAAGGUUGAUGGGAAACAUCAGGACACAGGUGCUGACUUUGAGAGGCUUCAGGUGGACAUCCAACAUCUGGAUCUGAGUAAAGUCCAGCUGAUCACGCAGAAGAAGCUCCCGCUGGUCGCGGUCGGGAAACACCUGUGUGGAGCGGCGACAGAUCUGGCUCUGCGCUGUCUGCUGGGAAAACCAGGACCCGGAGAGGAGACCAGACCGCCAGUCCCGAAACGCCUCAGAACUUCGGAACCAGCUGAUUCAAGAGAUCUGCCAGGUCCUGGUCCUGGUCCUGGUCCUGGUCCUGUGCUGGGCCUGGCAGUGGCGCUGUGCUGUCACCAUCGCUGUGAGUGGCGUCACUAUGUCGGGCAGCAGUUCUUCGAGCAGCGAGGACUCGGAGCUGCAGAGUUCUCAGCGUUCUGUCGGAUGUCCAGUUGGGCCACAUGUGGACUUAGACCGACCAAUCAGGACAGUCCGCCUCAGGAUUCGACCAAUCAGAGAGGAGACGAUGAAGAGCACGAGCCGGCAGAGGAGACAGACAUUGUGGGCAGCUUCCUGUCGGCAGACGAACGCCAGCGUGUCGGUCGUCUCUGUAAACGUCUGAUUGAUGGCGGCAGACUGGACUUCCUGAAGUCGAAAGGAUUUGACAGCAAACUGAGCGGUUACGUGAGCAGUCAUGUGACUCUGGAGAACGUCCUGCUGAGCGCCGUCCCCUCGUCUCCGUCCUGAAGGUCAAACUGAGACAAAGUCUCAGAGUUUCUGUCCAUGUGUAAAUGUUACGUAAUAAAGUUUGACUGGAGUUCA